AUGGCUUCGAUCGCGGCAUCGUUGCAAGCUUCGCUCCCGAAGCCGAAAUACACCGGCGAAGACGAAGAGGCGCCUGCGCACACCAAGCAGCGUGGGGCUCGCAUUGUUGGGGUUGGUCACCUGGACGACAACCAGAUCGUCCUGAAGCGAUCUGGCCCUCCGCCCUACGGACAACGAUCAGGAUGGCGACCGCGCACUCAGGAGGACUUUGGUGAUGGAGGCGCGUUUCCAGAGGUUCCUAUUGCCCAGUACCCUCUGGACAUGGGCAGAAAAGGCGAAACGAGUAACGCGUUGGCCGUACGGGUAGACUCCGAGGGAAAGGUCAAAUACGAUGCAAUCGCCAGGCAGGGCCAUGACGACAAACGAAUAAUUCACACUUCUUUCAAAGAUCUAAUUCCGCUCCGACAACGCGCCGAUGCUGGCGAGAUCGACUUGGCGCGACCUGACAAGGAGGCUGUCGCGGCUACUACACAAAGGACAAAGGACGCUCUGGCAGUGCUCAUCAGUGGCGCCGCUGCAGCCCAGAAGCCCAAGAAUGUCAAUGUUGGGCAGCGGAAAGAACCGACGUUUGUGCGAUAUACGCCGACGAAUCAUAUGGGCGACAACUCCAAGAAACAAGACCGAAUCAUGAAGAUUGUCGAGCGACAGAAGGAUCCCAUGGAGUUGGCCAAAUUCAAACACAAGAAAAUCCCUAGAGGGCCUCCCUCUCCACCACCGCCGAUUAUGCAUUCGCCUCCACGAAAGUUGACCGCCGAAGACCAAGAAAUGUGGAAAAUCCCACCUCCCGUUUCCAACUGGAAGAAUCCCAAGGGUUUUACGAUUGCUCUGGAUAAGCGACUGGCUGCUGAUGGAAGGGGGUUGCAAGACAUUGCUAUUAACGACAAACACGCGCAAUUCGCGGAAUCGGUGAGAAUGGCUGAACGCCACGCCCGAGAGGAAGUACAGCAGCGAUCCAAGAUGCAGCAGAGACUCGCAGAAAAGGAGAAACUACAGAAAGAGGAGAACCUCCGAUCCUUGGCUCAGCAGGCGCGCGAGGAACGAAACAAGGCUGGCCGUAAACGACAGUCCUCACGAGACUCGCGUGACUCGCGCGACUCGAGGGGUUCUCGGGAUUCAAGAUCACGCUCCCGAAGCUACAGCGACUCGUACUCGGGUGCCUCUGACAGUGAAGACUCGGAGAUCCGGGAACGUGAAAAGGCACGAAGGGAGCGACAAAAAGAGGAGGAGCGCAAACUUCGGCAGAACAGAAUGGGUGCGGAGAGGCGCAUGCAGGUCAUGGCCCGGGAGCAGAACAGAGACAUAUCGGAGAAGAUUGCUUUGGGUCUGGCAAAGCCUACGCAGUCCAAGGAAACGAUGUACGACUCUAGGUUGUUCAACCAGCAGAGUGGCUUCAACAGCGGUUUCAACGAGGAUAAUCAUUAUGAUAAGCCGCUGUUUGCUGCGCAGGAAGGUAUCAACAGCAUCUACCGCCCCCGGGCGAAUAUGGACGAAGACGAUGAUCCUGAAUCUGGCGAUCGCGAGAUGGCAAAGAUUCAAAAGGCGAGCCGAUUUGGAGAGGCUUUGGGCAAGGGCACCUUCAAGGGGGCAGGCGACGCUGAGGCUCGUGAGGGACCAGUUCAGUUCGAAAAAGAGGCUGCAGACCCUUUCAACGUGGACAAGUUUUUAUCUGAAGUUGAGCAGACGACAUCAUCGAAGAGAGGGUAUGGGCUGCAGAGCGAGGGACGGCAGCCGAAGCGUGCGCGAGUCGACGAAGAUGAUGAUUAG